AUGCAACUGCUCACGACGACAGUGCUCUUGGCCGCGAUGGCCAUGGCCACGACCUACGCCCGGACCUGCGGCGCGCCCGAGUGGAACACUGAUUUCUACGGCAGUGACAUGUCCAACUUUGGCACCACCGGCGACUUUGGCAACAUGCUCCAGCAGUGCUGCGACGCGUGCACGGCCAGCAGCACGUGCGUCGCCUACACGCUCGCCGACAACGUCUGCUACCUCAAGUCGGGCGCCAGCAGUCGCCAAGCCAAGACCGGCGCCACGUCCGUGCUCAUGUCGGGCACGUCGCCGCCAGUGAGUACAUGCAGUGCGCCGGAGAUGAACAUCGACUACUACGGCAACGAUAUCUCCAACGUGGUGGUCUCGGGCAACCAAGCCGACCAGCUCCAAGCGUGCUGCAACGCGUGCAGCAAGACCCGGUCUUGCACGGCGAUCUCGGUGGCCGACGGCGUGUGCUACCUCAAGUCGUCGGACGCUGGGCGCAAGGCGAAGCCGGGUGUGGUCUCGGCCAAGACGACGUCGGUGACGACGACACCGACGCCUACACCGACACCAACACCAACACCAACGCCGGUUGGCAAUCGCACGUGCGGUGCACCAGUCUGGAACACCGACUACUACGGCAACGACAUCUUCAACUUUAUUGCGACCGGUGACUUUGGCACCAUGCUCAAACAGUGCUGUGAAGGGUGCAAGGGAACGCCCACUUGCGGCGCGUACACGCUCGCUAACAACGUCUGCUACCUCAAGACCGUCGCGCUCUCGCCCCGGACUGUCAACGGCGCGACGUCCGUGAUCGUGCCGCCGGUGCCAGGCACGGAAGUCCGCUACUGCAGCAGCCCCGAAGUCGACUACGAAUACGUUGGCAACAACCUUACCAUCUUCAAGGCGACAGUCGAUGGGAACGCGAUGCUUAGCCAGUGCUGCGAGAAAUGCAUGAAGAACCAUCGGUGCAAGGCGUACGUCUUGUUUGAAGGUUUUUGCUACCUCAAGUCGGCAACGGGGAUUCGCUCGAGCAAGGUCGGCGCGAUGGCCGCGUCCAUGGCCACCAUGACGUGGUAAGACAAUAGGUACCAACCGGCUACCGUUUUUGCAUGUUUUUGCUAGUUUGCAUAACUUUAAAUGGAUUUUAUAGCUUGUUUUGGAC